AUGCCUCACAGAGUCACAAACUUCCUCAGGACUUCCUCUGGGAACAUUGGCCAGAUCAAAAAGGUAGCCACCAGCCGGAGGUCAUCGCCCAGCCCCGAUAUGUCUGACCACGAAGACAACCACCACUCGCACGCUGUCGGUGCCAUCAGAAUGCCAGAUCUCGCCGAGGCCCUGAAGGCCCACCGCCUUUCCCUUCACUUUGGCAAGAAGGAGCACAACUCGGCCGUCGCUUUAAAUUAUGAUGUGGAGAGCCCUCCCAUCGUCCUCCACGGAAACCCAGAAGAGAGCACCGGAGCCCUGUUUUCCGGCCAGAUGCAACUCGAGGUCAAGGACGACGUGGUAGAUGUCGAGACCUUCGCUGCUACUCUGAAGAUGCAUACCACCCACAAGCGACCGUUCCAGAACCACUGCUACGACUGCCAGAACCAGUUCACCGAGCUCAAGGCCUGGAACUUCCUCGCCCACCCAAUGACCCUGAAGCGUGGCACCCACUACUUCCCCUUCUCAGUCCUGCUCGAGGGCCACUUGCCCGCCAGCAUGAACACCUCAACAACCAUCAUCGCCUAUGAGUUCAAGGCCGAGGCUAAGCUGAACCGCACAUCCAGCUCCCAGCACCCCACAACUGUCAAGUUUGAGCGUGCACUGCACGUCAAGCGUGCCAUGGUUGAGUCUGAGAUUCCUCAUCACUCGGUCCGCCUCUUCCCCCCCACCAACAUCAAGAGUAGUGCCCACUACUCUACUGUCAUCCAUCCUACCGGCAAGAACACAGUCGAACUCAAACUCGAUGGUCUCAUGGACCUUAACGAGCAGACAAAGACUUUGAACCUCUGGAAGCUCAGGAAGGUCACCUGGAAGCUCGAGGAGACGGUCAAGACCGUCUCCCCCGCCUGUGACAAGCACCGCGUCGGUGGCGAAGACGAGGCUUCCAAGGGCGCCGCUCGAACAGAGAUGCGCGUUUUGGGCGAGAAGCACCUCCACGACGGCUGGAAGUCAGACUACACCGGCGUUGAUGGAACGGUCGACAUGGAGUUCGACUACCAAGUCACCCAGCGCCGUUCCAAGGGAGAUCUCAAGUAUGCCUGCAGCGGAAAGUACCGCGACGGCACCGAGGUCACCCACUCGCUCCUUCUCGAGCUCGUUGUCUCCAAGGAAUACGCACCGGAGGGCAAGCCACACAUGGCGGCCCAGACCGGAACCGGCCGCAUCCUCCGCAUGCACUACGAUAUCAUCAUGUCGGACCACCCAGGCCUUGGCAUCAGCUGGGACAACGAAGCCCCGCCUGUCUACACUGAUGUGCCCGCCAGCCCGCCUGGAUACGAGUUUACCGAACACUUGAUCGAGUACGACGAGCUUGAGCUGCUCGAUGCGCAGCGGGGUAGCCAGCCCCCCACGCGGAGACCCUCAACAUCUGACUGA